AUGGCGAAGGGCGGCGGAAGGCCUGCGCGCAAGGGCCGCCCUGGGCCUGCCGGGGGCUCGGCCAGGGAGGGCCUGGAGCUGGAGGACAUCUUCAUCGCGGUGAAGACCACGAGGAAGUACCAUAGGAGCCGGCUGGACUUGCUCCUCCAAACCUGGAUCUCCCAGGCGAGGGGACAGACGUUUAUAUUCACAGACUGGGAGGAUCGGGAGCUACGCCUGAAAGCAGGGGAUCAUAUGAUCAACACCAACUGUUCUGCUGUCCAUACCCGGCAAGCUCUCUGCUGCAAGAUGUCUGUGGAAUAUGAUAAAUUCCUGGAAUCUGGGCAAAAAUGGUUUUGUCAUGUGGACGAUGACAACUAUGUGAACCCUCGGACUCUCCUGCGUCUCUUAUCUGCCUUCUCACACAGCCAGGAUGUCUACGUGGGGCGACCAAGUCUGGACCAUCCCAUUGAAGCAGCUGACCACGUCCAAAGCGAUGGAUCAAAGACAACUGUGAAAUUCUGGUUUGCCACAGGUGGAGCAGGGUUCUGUAUCAGCAGAGGUCUUGCCCUGAAGAUGAGUCCCUGGGCCAGCCUAGGUAACUUCAUCAGUACUGCAGAAAGGGUGCGUCUUCCUGACGACUGCACUAUUGGCUACAUCAUUGAAGGGCUGCUGGAGGUGAAGCUGCUGCACAGCCCGUUGUUCCAUUCCCAUCUGGAAAAUCUGCAGAGACUACAAGGCGAGUCUGUGCUGCAGCAGGUAACCCUAAGUUACGGGGACCCUGAGAACAAGCACAAUGUUGUGAGUGUUGGAGGAGUGUUUGGUGAGGAAGAAUUGUCACUGCCGUUGUCCCCCAUGAACAGCAGCGGCUACGUUGUUCUGCACAGCGGAGAUAAAAGCGUCCCCUGUGGGGGCUGA